AUGUUCUCUCAACGACUUCUCACCCAGACCACCCUGGUCUCCCUCGCGUCGCUGGCGGCCUCGCAGUCUGCUAUCCAGUUCGACGGGCGUGUUCCCGCUGGCACCCAGCUCUCUGCUUUCGAUUCAGACAAUGGCCUGUUCAACCCGAGCAAUGUUUUCGGCAAGAACUUGACCUUUAGCCAGCUCUUGAAGUUUCCCGAUGUCCCCCCAUCUCUCUUUGACGUGGGCACUGUUCCCCUGGAGGUCACCAUCAGCGACCAAUCCAUUUUCGCCCCCAGCGCAGACAAUGUUCAACUGGGUUUCCGCCGUGCCGAGCUUCUGCCUGCCAGCAACAACGGUACCGACCCGUCUACCCAGGGCGUGAAGAGCCUUCACUUCAGUCUCAUGAAGGACACUGCUCGCCCCCUCAACCUCUCACACGAGUACCAGCUUGCAUUCGUGGAGAGCAACGACUUCAGCACCAACCAGUUCGUCCUCAAGACUGGCACCCUCCUGGACACCGCCACCCAGGGAGGUGUCGACCCGGACAGCCUGAUCCUGUUCGGCAACGUCAAGCAGAGCCAGAUCCUCUUCAACACCGCCUUCACCGAGGGCGUCUUCCACAACUUCGGCCUGACCCUGGACUUCAAUGCCAACACCACCCAGGUCUUCUACUCCACCGGCAACGACCCCCUCGCCCAGGUCACCGAGCCCCUGACCAACGACAUCAGCGGCCAGGGCCAGUACCACUUCGGCGUGCUCAAGAAGGGCGUCAACGGCGGCGCCGACAUCACCAAGGACGCCCAGCAGCCCACGGGGAUCGACGAGGGCAUCAUCUUCGGCGGCAUCCUGCAGGAGGACAACUCCGCGGGCCCCAUCACCCUGUCUCCCUCGGGUGCCACCAACGCCACUGCCGCUGCCACCAACGCCUCGGCGCCUUGCACCAAGAAGAGGUCUGUCGGGAGCAUUGCGGGUCGCCUGCAGUACGUGCGCCAGGCUUAA